GGCCGCUCGGCGGCGGGCCGGGGCGGACGGCGGAGCGCGGGAGGUGGUGGAGGCCGCCGGAAAUGAAACCAGGAAGUCAUGUGAAGGGCCAUGUGAAGCUCCUGCAUACCAGAAAUUUGCUAAGAGAUUGCUUCACCUAAUUUCAGAAAUUGAGAAGGGAUAAGUGGAAGGAGAAAAUGCUGGGCUGGUGCCAAGCGAUAGCUCGUAACCCUCACAGACUACCAAACAGCACAAGAACACCCGAGGUCUCAGGUGAUGCGUCGCAUAACUCUACUCUGAAUGACAAAUCCCCAGGGCGUUCCACGAGUCGAUCAAGUAAUAUUUCAAAGGCAAGCAGCCCUACAACAGGAACAGCUCCCAGGAGUCAGUCACGAUUGUCUGUCUGCCCUUCCACUCAGGACAUUUGUAGGAUCUGUCACUGUGAGGGAGACGAUGAAAGUCCCCUCAUCACGCCGUGCCGCUGCACGGGGACCUUGCGCUUUGUGCACCAGGCCUGCCUGCACCAGUGGAUUAAGAGCUCAGACACGCGCUGCUGUGAACUCUGCAAGUACGACUUCAUAAUGGAGACCAAGCUCAAACCUCUUCGGAAGUGGGAAAAACUACAGAUGACGACAAGUGAGAGGAGGAAAAUAGUUUGUUCAGUCACAUUCCAUGUAAUUGCAAUUACCUGUGUUGUCUGGUCAUUGUAUGUCUUAAUUGAUAGAACUGCAGAGGAAAUUAAACAAGGCAAUGAUAAUGGUGUCCUCGAAUGGCCGUUUUGGACAAAACUCGUGGUGGUGGCCAUCGGAUUCACAGGAGGCCUCGUCUUCAUGUACGUGCAGUGUAAGGUUUAUGUUCAGCUGUGGCGCAGGCUGAAAGCCUACAACAGAGUGAUCUUUGUUCAGAACUGCCCAGACACGGCCAAAAAACUGGAGGAGAAGAACUCUUCGUGCACUCACAGCUCGGAUGUCAAGGAUGCCGUGGUGGUGCCAGUAGCACAGACAGGUACAAACUCUCAGCUGGCAGCUGAAGAAAUGACAUCUGAGGUCAUGCCAGUUUGACAGAGACAGCACUGUUUCUUCCUUGCAGAAUAAGGCAUAGUGUUUUCUACACUACAAAUGCUGAAAGAGAGUAGAAAGGACUGUGCAUUUUUUGAGUAAAAACACAAAACACAAAUCCCCAUGAGGAAAAUGGAUCCAGCAAAGCAACUUGUUACUGUAUGGAAUGUGACCAUUUGUGAAGUAGUUUCUCAACUAGUCAGCGAGUGUAGUGACAGUGGAAGUGUAGAAAGUGCAAUAGAGAACAGGUUUAACAGACAAUGCCAAACUCAUGUGAUGAGAUUAUUAUUAUUUUUUUUAACAAAAGAAGAUUGGAUGGCUGGGCUAGUAGACACAGAUCUGCUAUAACCAUUUUGUUUACAGGAAACAAAACCAAACCUUUCACCUGUUUACUACUGAAAGUUGUAUUUGCUAUUUACCUUCCUAAAGAUGCACUUCAAAAGUGUACCAGACAAGAGAUAUGCAUUAGGAGAGCUGAAGAGCUGUACUGCAGUGUGCACUCCCUAUGAAGUAACAGAUGUUUGUGUGACUCCAUUGGAGCCUGCGUGUUUGGGCAGCUGUGUCAACUGAGGAUAUGUGAAACAUUUGAAGGGCAGCACUGUUUCUGAAUAUGCCUGAAUUUUUGACAAGUAGGCAGUUCCAGCCAGUAUGAACUCAUGUCUCCAUAGGCUACAGAUAUGUAACUGCAGCUGUCAGCAAAGCAGCAAAACAGGAAGGAGAAAAAUAGUAGAUCAUGCAUUUAGAGCGGCAGCUCAGCUGUUUAUUUUAUUUUGUAAGAGUGAAUUUAUUUUUUUUUUUUUCCUAAAUAGGAUAUAUGAAGUUUUGAGGCAAAACUAUAAAUUAAAAAUGCAUGCAAAACCAUAGAAAUUGCUAUUGGCAGAGGUCUGAGAAAGGAUUACACCGGGAAGAUGGAAAGUAUUUUUCAUCUCAAGCUUGUAAGAUUCGUGAUACAGAGAGCUACACAGGAAAGGGUAUAAGCAGGUGUCUUAAAGGAAUGUUAGCUCUUAUUCCCCUGUUCUGAAAAGUUAGUUUUUAUCUUCCUGACUGCAGAAAUAAACCACUGGUUUCUCUCUGUACAGGUAAACUUGAAAUGUUAGAUAUUCAACAGUUCAGUUGUUAAUUUCAUGUUUUGAGCAUUCUCAUGUAAGAAUGAAGUGCAGAUAGCAUUAAAUGGUGCAGUAGGUAAAAUGAAUGUAGAUGUAAUAUUGUGUCUAACAGGCUGAACUGCAUAAAGAACACAUUUUGUGAUUUGCUUCUCAUAUCAGUGAUGUUUGCCAUCAGGACAGGACAGCAAGGACUGACUUGGAGUAGUUAUGUGUUGGCUUAGACAAGCCUACAGUUUGAACUUACAUAUAUUUAAAAAGUAAUGUUUAAAGGUUUGAGUUCUUUUGGUAUUUAGCUAAGCAAGAAAAGCAAACGGGCAAAUAAAGAAGCAGAAUAAAGAAAGUAAGAAAGCACAGGUUCAUUCACAAGAGGAAUUAGCUGUAUUUGCCAUGCACUAGUCUGCUACAGAAGCCUUGCAGUUUCUAAUAGUAAAUUUCCUCUUUACAAGUUCAAACAUCUCCAGUUAAAUAACAGAAUCAUCACAUUCUCCCAAAUAGGAAGGGUGCUGGGCCUAAACUGUACUGAAAUUCAUUGUUAGGUGUUCCUUUGUGACUGUGUUUAAUGGCUUACAUCUCAGGGACCACAGGAAAUGGCAGUAUUAGUGAGAAUUUAUUCUUCUCAGAGCAUUGUAUUCCUCUUUUAGAAUCACUUGUGUAGUCUGGCUGUGACUAAGUGCCAUCUGGCUAGACAGGGCACAAACUCUAACAGCUGCCACUUGAAAUCAGAUAAGUGAGUACCCAAAUAAUUUCUGUUUACAACUGCAGAGAAAACUUUACAAGGUCUGUAGGAAACCAUGACAAGUACCAAGGACUGCCUCAUAACUGCACAUGCUUAAGGUGGUUUUCUAAUAGCGCGUAUCUACGUGCUAAAAUGUAAAUCUCAUGAUACCUGAAGCAAGUCAGACACUUAAAAUCAGUAGAUGCAUCUGCACAUUUGGAAUUAUGUCUACAAUUAAACGCGAUGAAUCACAGCAAAGUUGGUUGACAAGAAAAAAAAGCAUUGUUAUGUAAGUACUGGAUGAUGUGCUGCUGUCAUCUAACAGGCAGUGACCUCGCUAUUUCAGGCAGCUUGUUCCUUAACCUGCUGAACUGUCAUCACCCCAUUGAAAGUACCCCAUAUUUUGACAGCUUACCAGAGACUCAUUCAUUGUUCUGUUCUUGAACAAGCAUAACAUUCAAAUUAAAGACAAAUAAAUACUUGAGGCUUCUGCAAGCAGAUCUCUUCCAUCCAAUGAGAUUACUGCUCCUUUUAAUUAAUUUAUUUUAAACAUGCUGUAGAGUCAGCAACAGAACAGCUUGCAAAGCCAUUUUAUACUGACAGCUUCGAAACACCAUUUGGCACUCAAGUAUUUGUGCAAAUGAGCUUACAGUUAAGUGUAAGAAUGGAGGAAGGCUUUGGUUGAAAUUCCUCCUCUCCCUUUGAAAUAUUUAUUGGCCAGCAGGAAUAGCAGCAGAAAAAGACACUGGCUGCUGCAGUGUGCAGCAGCAAGAGAGAUUACAGCAGCUUUGAUGCAGUGUUUAAACUCUGUUAAGCAUUACAGUAUUAGCCCAUGCAUUUCCUUUUCCUUCUGCUUUCAGGGAUUUCAUGCUGGGUUGGAAUUUGUUUCUGUAGCAGGGUGAGACCUCUUUUGAGAGGGCAAGGAGCUGCCCACAGCAACAUGCCUUAGAUGCAGGUCUGCAUGAGUCAUGGUGGUGCAUGAAUUCAGAUGCUAGCCAGCUGCUUACCAACCAGUGAGCUUUCUGUCUCGCAAAAAGGGCAGCUUUCUAAGCUGCAAAAACAGCAUCCUGGUUUUUUUGUUGUUUUGCUUUUAAUCAAAUGAAAUACCAAAUACAGAUCAGUAUCAAGCUACCUGUGUAGCCACUGUACGUCUCAGGCAAACAAACACCCCAGCAGUGGAAUUUAGCUUGGCUACAAUCCUCCAAGGGCUGAACCUUGCUCCAAGCUGCCAUUACUGAGAAGAGCCUAAUCUGCAUUCUGUUUAAGUGAAGCUGCAAUGAAGGUAGGUGGAAGUAAUCUGGUGUGAGAGCUCAAAUUUAAACAAGAUACUUUUAAUCUGUGGACAUGCACGUUUCUUCUCUUGGCUUAAGAUACAAGCAUUAUGAAGUUUAUUUCAACCUGGCAUAGAUAUACCAUUUUUGACUGUCACUAGCAUUACGAAGAUGAUCAACGAGUCCAACUGUGCCAUUCACACACUGCUUUAUUGAAAGCAGUGCUUAUUUUUAUUGUGUAGGAAGAAAUAGUAAGUUCCCCAUCACCAAGACAAACCACUUCUAAUUUCUAAUAAUGUGAUGAGACUUUAUGAUGAAAGUAUUUUACUGUGUAUAAUAUUUGGAACUACAAGUUUGUGUUACUUGUUCGACUCCCUCUCUUUUGCAAAAGAAAAAAAAUGUGUGUUUUUUGUGGGGGAAUGUGUACUGAAAGACAGAAAGUAAGGGAAACAAAAGUAAUGUAUCUGCUUAUUGUUGUGAAAAAAAAAAUGUAUUUGUAUUAAACAAAUGAUCCAAA